ACAGUUGCAGCUGCACCGCCGCCGUGGCUCGCUCGUGUGCACACGCGAGACUGCGCGCGCGUCCGUCUCUCGCUCGCAAUCAUCUCCUCGUUCGCCGGUACGCGGACGUUUAUUAACGACGCGCUCUCUUCUCUCGAUAUUCAGCUCUGCGAGUUUUUACUCUCGAUAGGAGUGUGUCGUGCCGCGAGACCUAGCCCCAGCCCAGUUUCCCUCGUGACUGGCCUGCCAACUGGAGGAUUCUCUUCUCCGCCGAGCCAUCGUGUCAAAGUUUCUGUCCAAACUUCCAAAAACUUGCUUCCAACGAUCCUUUUUUUUUUUAUUAUAAAUCGUUUUGAGAGUCUUCCGAUGAAAUCAGUGAGACGUACAGUGUACUGAGCUUUUUGGAGUUUGUCGUUAUCGAAGAAUAUCUAUAUAUAUAUACGUAAUCGCGCGAUUUGUGCACGUGUGCAUAGCAGAACGAUAUAUCGGAGCUUGGAGCAGCUUGAUUGGUAGCGCCACGGAUACGUUACACACAGUCGAGUGGAAAAGACUCUGACAUUUGACAAAUAUCAGCGACAGCCGCUGGCGGAGAGGCUGGUCGCGCAAUCGGAGCGUGGUUCUUGAUAAACGAUAAGGAAAAGCGGUCGUUGUCGUCGUCGUCGUAGUCGGUUGAUUCUCGCGUGCGGUGUUCUCCGCGUACGAUCGAAUUCGUGAAGAGAAAUGUGAUCUCGCGUUGGGAACGAGGAAGGAAACAUCAUCCGUGGAGAGGAAGCAUCAACCUGUUCGGUCGCCAAAGGCACGAAAAAGGUUGAAGGAUGGACUGGAUGAGGAGGCAGGACAUUAAGGAGGAGUCACCGGAAACUCCUACCGCUCUGACACCGGAUGAGCCUGACGAGUGCUACUUCGAGGAAGACACCUCGAUAGACGAGGGCAUGGGUCUGGACAAUGUGAGCUCAGCGACCCUCAGGCCUUUCAACUCGGACAUCAACACGCCGAGGAUCGACAGCUAUAGGUUCUCCAUGGCAAAUCUCGAAGAUUCUCAAGAUGUCGAUCUGGACGCCAUCCUCGGCGAGCUGUGCGCUCUGGAGCGUCGCUGCGACGGCGACAUCGCCUCCACACCGGCACCCGACUCGCAGAGACAGAGCCGACCCAACAGUACCAGGAUCACUGCAGGAGACAGUACCGAUAUCGGCAAAAACGAAGGAGCUAUGCGCACCGAUAGCCCUGACAAUGACAGCGCGUUCUCGGACACGGUGUCGAUGUUGUCCAGCGAGAGUUCCGCGAGCAGCAGCGGUUCCGGGCACAAACCACCUCAGACCGCCAUGCACACAGGUCCCCAGCAGCAAUCUCACCAGCUCAUGGACGCUGCGAGCCGAGCCAAGGCAGAGAAGAUCCGCUUGGCGUUGGAGAAGAUGCGCGAGGCCAGCGUUCAAAAGCUCUUCAUCAAAGCGUUCACCUUGGACGGCAGUGGUAAAAGCUUGCUCGUCGACGAGGGGAUGAGCGUGGCACACGUGUGCAGGCUUCUCGCUGACAAGAAUCACGUGCCAAUGGAUCCAAAGUGGACGGUGGUCGAGCAUUUGCCUGAUCUUUUCAUGGAGAGGGUAUACGAAGAUCACGAGUUGCUGGUGGAAAAUCUUUUACUGUGGACCAGAGACUCGAAAAAUAAGCUGCUGUUCGUCGAGAGGCCAGAGAAAACUCAGUUGUUCCUCACUCCGGAGAGAUUCCUCUUGGGCCCGUCCGAUAGGAGCAGCGGCGAGUACGACGAUCACUCGCGUAAUAUCCUUCUGGAGGAAUUUUUCUCGAGCAGUAACGUCGGCGUGCCGGAGGUCGAGGGACCAUUGUAUCUGAAAUCCGAUAGCAAGAAGGGUUGGAAGAGGUACCAUUUCAUUCUCCGCGCGUCCGGCCUCUACUAUUGGCCGAAGGAGAAGGCACGCACAGCGCGCGACCUGAUUUGCCUGGCGACGUUCGACGUGAAUCAGAUCUACUACGGUAUCGGCUGGAAGAAGAAGUACAAAGCCCCGACGGACUUCUGUUUCGCUGUCAAGCACCCUAGACUGCAGCAGCCGAAGUCCACCAAGUACAUAAAGUUCCUCUGCGCCGAGGACAACGCGUCGUUGGAACGAUGGAUGGUCGGGAUCAGGGUGGCCAAGUACGGUAGACAGUUGAUGGAGAAUUACAGAACAUUGGUCGACGAACUUGCCCAGGAGGAUCUCGACAUGCUGGCCCACGCAAGAUCAUGCUCCGUCAGCUCGAUCGCCGUGCCGGCUCAGAAUCAAACCCAGUACAACACCACGAACGAGAACGCUCGCCAGUUCACGGAGAACUCGAGGCACAACGCGGAAGUGGCUAACGUCAGACAGUACGACGGCCAGAGGCAGAGCUACAAUUCCGAGCAGCGGCAAAGUUACAACAACGACGGCAGGUUGAGCAGAGCCAGCAGCUCCAGUUCCAGCGGGUGUCUUUCCGACGGAGCGCCCAGUAGUUGCGAGGUAGCUUUCGAGUGUGGCGAGUUCCCGACGGGCACGAUAAAAAGGAAGCCCUCGAUGAAUCCAAAAUUGCCCCUAACGUCGAUCACGAGACAAUUGAAGGAAGUGGGCGAAACGGUUCGCGACGAGCCGGACUCUUGCCCGAGUCCAACAAGCUCGGGUUCUGGUACGUUGACCAGAAGGCACAGUCGAAGAAGGAGCGGUACCGAUUCGGAUGGAUCCGGAACAUUGAAGAGACAUCACCGUUCUGGUAACGCGACUCCGGUCAGUCCUGUACCGCCUGGCACGCCGGUCAGAGAAAGAGCAAGUCCAAUGGGAUGUAACAGAUCGGAGAGUCAGGAAUCAAAGACACCGACGAGCCCGAUACCGUCGUGCAUGAUGGAUUCGAUCACUUCGUUACCACCACCGCCGUCACCCUCGAGAGUCGCGGAGGAAACAGAAUCCGACAACGAGCCACUUCCUCCACCUCCGCCAGAGAUGUUCCGAUCGAACCUCUCCCUGGACUCUCUACCACCGCCUCCAGCACCUGGUGAGCUGCCAGUGUGCAACACUCCAGAGCUCACCGGUUCUUCGUUGAGCCUGGCGUCUCUCCCUCCGCCACCGAGUCCAUUGGUCGGCGAAACAGGAACAAUUCGACGCGCCAGACCCAAGCAGUCGACGCCUACGAACUCGAUAACUCCCGAGAGCACACCGACGCACACGUCGUCCAAACCGUCGACCAAUCAACAGAUGUACUCGAACGCGAGCAACUCGGCGAUACAGAACAGCCAGAGCUACAGUUCGAACGCGCCAAACGCUCAUCACGCGAGCAACGCGGCGAACUCAGUGCCCUCUCCGCACAGUUCCUACCCAGGCUCCAGCGCCAGCACACCGACCUACGCUCCGAGUUCACCAAACUUCGCCUCGCCCCCGCCGUUCGUUCCUCCGCCUGCUUACGGAUCCCAGCAACAGCACAGCAACACCAGUUCCAGCCUGACGAGGCAAAAUUCGAAGGCAGACUCGAUCUACGGGACCCAUCCGUUGGUCCACCAGCACAACACGGUCCAGCCGAUCAGGCCAAACCCGAACAUGGACACGGUGCGACGAAGUGCCAUGAAGCAAGGCUCGAGCCAUUACGCGGCUCCUCCUUAUCUCGCGGAGCUGAAAGCUGCCUCCAGUCCUCAGCCACAGCGUAGGGUGACCAUUCAAGAGCCACCGACGUCGCCCAAGUCGAAAACGGGAACAGGCAAGAAGAUCACGUUCAAUCUUCCGCCACAGCAGGAACCAGGGAGCCCAGCACUGCCGCAAAGGAAGCCGAUGCCACCGAGAAGGUCGGACAGCACGAGGCUCACGUCUCCAAAGAAGCUCGCUGCGUCCGAUCAAGCGCCGCCCGGUGAUUUCUUGAAGGAUCUUCAGAGAGUGAUGAGGAAGAAGUGGCAGGUUGCGCAGAAGUGUAAACUCGACUCGACCACCACUCCACACGAGGUGCUCGGCUUUCGCGAUCCACCGCCCGCCGUGGCCGAUUACAGAGAGACCAACGUGUCCAAUUGGGUCCAGGAACACUAUGGGGCCGACAAUUUGUACGAGAAUGUGUACGCGACAGAUCCGCACGCACCGGUGGAGUACGCGUCGAGCCCAGCUAGGCAGUCGACCGUCAGGUUCGCUGACGAAAAUCGCAGCAUCAACAUCGUGAACGCGAUCGCCAGUAAAAGGAGGCCGCCACCACCGCCGCCGAAAAGGGCGGAAACCACCCACUUGACCACCACCAGGGCGAUGCACUGACAAUAGCAGAUACUUCAGCCCCAUCCCGAAAGGCGAUGGUUUUGCUGUUUGUGCAGCUGGUGGAAGGGCUAACAGAGAGCGAAAGUAACACUCUUCGCUUUCUUCUCUGUGAUUUGGUCAUCGAUUUUUUCCAACAUCCUAUAAUAAUCGUUGACCGUCCUCCAACGUUGUUACGCCUGUCCGUUAUGCCUUUCGAAACAGGCGGCGAGGAGGAAAGCGGAAGAUCGACGACGAUUAUCCUCGAAGAAAAGUUCAAGCUUGCGUGGAAUCAGCUUUGAGGCUUGACCUGGAGAGAUCACCUGUGGUGUCUGUCUGGAAAAUUCAAACAGCCGCGGCCCGUUUUUCUAGGAUAAUCGAUGUACAAUCGGUAGGGUGCCGAGAACGAGGAGAACAAGGAUCGAUCGAUACUGCCAGAGUGAAACUUCUUUUUAACGACGAGUCUUUUGGUAUAUCGCGGUAUAUCGGAGCUAUAGCAGAUAUCAGCUUGUCACAGAGUAUCGAUCGUGAUUUCAGCAUCAAUCUCAGCGCCGAUAUCUCAAGUCCAUAGGGCGCGAGGGAGAGACAAAUACUGCCGCACAUAUUGACGAUGUGAUAUAAUAAGUCUUAAGCUGCUGACUUUUUUUCGUUGUCCCACCGGAGACACCGGGGGCCGACGGUUGUCGAUUCGCGAGCGAUUUCGAUCGUGAUUUUCAUCUCGAUUCCGCCACCAGCUCCGCGACUCUUCUCGGUUGGUGGCGGUCGAAUUUAGAAAUAAGA